ACGUUUGCUUAUUCAUAUUUUUACCAAUUUCCAGUGACGAGUUUGUGCAGAUUCGUGGACGGAGAAAGACAGAAAAGUGAAUGUAAUUAAAAGAGGUAAUUAAAGGAGAAAUUAUUCAACUUCAUUCCCCCAAAUUAUUGUUAACACUGCAUUUGGGUACAUGCAUUGGUCGUUAGGCAGGCGGUGAUUCAUUAGUCCAAUUGGAAAGAGUGCAUGAGGCGGUGUGUGAAUUGUUGCUUUUGGUUGUAAAAGUUUGGGGCGGAAUAUCUACGAAUAAACGCGGUCAAAUCCCAGUAUAUAAGCGUACCUACAAGUGGCAGUGAGGCAAGUGGGAAAGAAAAUUGUGACGGAAUUUUUCCAAAAAUAAAUCUGUAUGCGUGUGCGUGAUUCAUUCCGAGUUGUUUUGGGGCGCAUUUGUUUAAUAUAACUUAUAAGCGGGAUUGCAAAUAUCAAAUUAAAGUGAUUUUAUUUCUUUUUAUAAAUUACAUAUUACAGCCUUUCUGUGUAGUGAAGUCUUCGCUGGUGAAACGUUGUCUCGCUAUAGUUGUGUAAAAUCUUAACAAAAUGUUUAGUUUUUUGAAACGUGAAAAAGCUAAUCAAGAGGUUGUAGAAAAUGUGGUGGGAGAACUUAAAAAAAUCUAUCGCAGUAAACUGCUACCUCUGGAGGAGCAUUACCAGUUCCACGACUUUCACUCUCCGAAGCUUGAAGAUCCUGACUUCGAUGCCAAGCCGAUGAUCUUGCUUGUGGGACAGUAUUCUACCGGUAAAACGACGUUUAUUCGAUACCUAUUGGAGCGUGAUUUCCCUGGUAUUCGCAUUGGACCCGAACCUACUACAGAUCGCUUCAUUGCAGUAAUGCACGAUGAAAAAGAAGGUGUUAUACCCGGUAAUGCGUUGGUGGUCGAUCCCAAAAAGCAAUUCCGUCCGUUGAGCAAAUACGGCAACGCCUUCUUAAAUCGUUUCCAGUGCUCUACUCUCAAUUCACCCGUCUUGCAGGCAAUCUCUAUUGUAGACACGCCCGGUAUCUUAUCGGGGGAAAAACAACGCAUCGAUCGCGGAUAUGACUUCACCGGUGUGCUAGAAUGGUUUGCAGAGCGUGUAGAUCGCAUCAUACUGCUUUUCGAUGCACAUAAGCUGGAUAUCUCCGACGAAUUUCGACGUUCCAUCGAAGCGCUCAAAGGACACGAUGACAAAAUACGCAUCAUUCUCAAUAAGGCUGAUAUGAUUGAUCACCAGCAGCUUAUGCGUGUAUACGGAGCCCUAAUGUGGUCCUUGGGUAAGGUGCUGCAAACUCCCGAAGUGGCGCGGGUGUACAUCGGUUCUUUCUGGGAUCAACCACUUCGUUUCGAUGCUAAUCGCCGCCUCUUCGAAGACGAAGAGCAGGACCUCUUUCGUGAUUUGCAAUCACUGCCACGUAAUGCAGCACUGCGCAAACUCAACGACUUGAUUAAGCGUGCGCGUCUGGCAAAGGUGCAUGCCUUCAUAAUUUCUGAACUGCGCAAAGAUAUGCCUUCCGUGUUCGGUAAAGACAGCAAAAAGAAGGAGCUGAUCAAAAAUCUGGGGCAAAUUUAUGAUCGCAUACAACGGGAACACUCUAUUUCACCGGGUGACUUCCCCGAUAUCAAGAAAAUGCAGGAUGUGCUGCAACAUCAAGACUUUAGCAAAUUCCAUUCGUUAAAACCGCAUUUGCUAGAUAUUGUGGACAAUAUGCUGGCUAAAGAUAUAGCGCGGCUGAUGGAGAUGAUACCGCAAGAGGAAAUGACUUUAGUAUCAGAGCCAGUGGUGAAAGAACUUAAAGGUGGCGCCUUCGCUGGUGUGAUCGACGAUCAUGUCUCACCGUUUGGUUAUAUGAAGGGUGAGGGUAUCGAUGCUGGCUUCGGUGAGCACGACUGGAUCUGCAAUCGCGAUAAACCACGCACAGAUGCCAUCUUCAAUGCUCUUGGGCCGGUGGAUGGACGCAUAUCGGGAGCGACUGCCAAACAAGAACUGAUCAAAUCGAAGCUACCCAAUUCGGUGCUCAGCAAAAUCUGGAAACUAUCCGAUGUCGAUGGCGAUGGCUUCCUAGAUGAGGACGAGUUUGCGCUCGCUAUGCACUUGAUCAAUGUCAAAUUGGAGGGCAACGAGCUGCCUAAUGUGCUGCCGGAGCACUUAGUACCACCAGCGAAGCGAUGCUAAUGUUAUUAAAGCAAUUUUUCAUAUUUUACGGCGUUUGAAUGAUUAAUCAUUUCACUUCGUUUAUGUUUCCUAUAUAAAAUCGAUGCUAAUCUGUUGUAUAACUACGACAUGACUUGGAGCGCUUAAGUCAUUAAAACUAUGUCUUGUACCUACCAAAUAUUUGGCGUGGUUGAAGAAAAGUCAAAAUGCAUUCAGAAUGCGUCGAUUAAAGUAUGUAAAUUGUUAAAUACUAAAUGAUCUAUCCCAACUGUUGUGUACCCAACCAAGGCAUUGAAUUUGCUAAAUAUGUAUGUAUGUAUGUGUCUGCUAUAAGCGAAUACAUACCGCUUUGCAUUGUAUGUGUGUAAUUAUAUAUUAAGUAAAAUUUGAGUUUUAAACGAAGCAUGUCAAUGCAACUAGAACAUAUUUUUAGACAUUUCAUACAUAUAAACACAUACAAGUAUGCAAAAAUAUCAGCAAAACAAAAAGAAAGUUAUUCACUAAAAAACUUUAGACCAAUAUACAAGUAAAGUAUGUACAUAUGGUAUGUACAUUCAACAGUACAUAUACAUAGGCACUGGGUUGAUAAAAAUCUUCUUUUUCUAUAGA